GUUCGAGCGAUCGAGAACUGGAUUCCGUCAACAUCUUUUUGUCUCGUCUCGUGCCUUUUGGACCGGUUGCAUAGUUUAAACGCCACAGUCAGAUACCCCCUAUUUGCGCCAGCUUCACGCCUCGAAUCGCGACACUGCCAUCUUCACAUUUCAUUUUUCAUUAUUUUGACGCGUUUUUGGUGCACGCUUGCUAACUUUCGUUCUUUCUAUUAGAUCAGAAUGCAUUCCUCCAAGCUCUUCUCAGCCAUCCUGGCUGCUGGCGCCGCCAGCGUCGUCUCUGCUGCCUCCAGCGCCUGUUCCAAGGACAUCAAGGUCACCACGCCUAACCCUGUCAUCUCCUGCGAUACCGUUGACGCCAACAUCAUCGUCGAUGAGUCCGUUGCUGGUGACCUGAUUCUCAACGGCCCCAAGACGAUCACUGGUGAUCUCAUCAUCAACAAUGCUACCCAGCUCAUUUCCGUCCAGAGUAUCACAAUUGCCUCCAUUGGUGGCAACUUCGAGCUCAACGGCCUCGAGCUCCUGAGCUCUGUUAACAUGCAGGCGCUCAAGACCUUGAACAAGUUGAACAUGAUCAAGCUUCCCCAGCUUAACACUCUGGUCUUUGGCACUUCUGGUGUCACCAAGGCCAACGACAUCCAGGUUACCGACACCUUCCUCAGUGAUCUUAGCGGUCUCAACAUCAACAGUGUUGACUCCCUUACCAUCACCAACAACAACAAGCUGACCGCCUUCAACUCCGACCUGGUCAACAUCACCACCCUUCUCAGUGUUACCAGCAACGGAAACAACAUGGAGAUCAACAUGACCAAGCUUCAGUCUGCUGCCGAGAUUCAGCUUUCUAACGUCAAGAGCUUCGUCGUUCCUAGCCUGAAGACCAUCACCCAGUCCCUCAAGUUCGACACGAACCCUUCGCUCACUACUUUCAGCGCCAAGAACGUCACCUCCAUCGGCGACAGUGUCACCUUCAUCAACAACAACAAGCUCACCAACGUCUCAUUCCCCCUCUUGACGUCUGUUGGUGACUUGACUGUCCAGAACAACACUGCCCUCGAUGCCGUUGAGGGUUUCCCUAAGCUGCAGACCGUUGCUGGUGGUGUCAUCCUCCGCGGUAACUUUGACACUGUUGAGCUUCCCGCUCUCAAGGACGUCAAGGGCGGCUGCACCGUCUUCUCUACCACCGACAUUUCUGCUUUCUGCGGUUUCUUCGAUGACGCCAAGAAGAGCAAGAUCAUCCAGGGUCAGGAGUCCUGCAAGAGCAACGUUAAGGCCGCCAAUGAGGGAGGUUCCGACGGUGACUCCAGCACUUCCAGCGGCGGCAAGGGCAGCAGCAGCGACAACAGCGGUAACGGCACUGACAACGCUGUCGCUGCCCUCAACGUCAACAACGUCCUCCUGGGCGUCUCCGUCCUUGCUGGUAUGGCCCAGCUGUGGUAAAAAGUUUCGGAGGAUGAUGGGUCGGAAUUUGGCGUCAAUCUCUGUUCUCCCAGAUGUUUUUCUGUUUUCUUUUAGCCAACACAUUGUGGUUUCGUCAACCUCCCCCACGCCUUGGCUGUCAACUCAUAUGUGACCGCCCCUUUUGUGUGUGUCCGCGGCACUAACGCUAGAACUUAAUAAUGGAAAUGUACUUCAAAAUGUCGCCACGCUCCUUUUAUCCUUUCGACGAGCAUCGACAAUGAUGCAUGACGCACAAGCUGCAUUGCCUGUGACAAUUUGGCUAUCACUGGCGAGCUCGAGACUUGAAAGGAUUUUACGUGUGUACGGUUACUGGUGAUAUUCUAUCACGAUUUGCACCUCUCUUUAGACUUUCUUUACCGGUGUUGGUGUAUGUUAGAC